GAGGAUGCAGUGGGAGGUUUGUAGAGGUUUAUAGAGGAAGGAAUUCGCGAGGUAAUAGUUUUGGCUCUGGUAGUGCUUAAAGAGGACUAGCCGGGGAGGAGUCUUAGCAGGCUAGAGGACCUGCCCGGGGUGCAACUUAUCGCUACCGCUCCUCAGUAUCGAUAGACUCUGCAUAAACCAAAUGGAUGACCGAGAGCGAGGUUUCCAGGUCAAGAGGAUGGGCAAUAUCUUUAGUCGGGCAGCGAAAUUUUUGUAUCUGGCUGGGCGAGGCUAGCAGUGACAGCGACCAGACCAUGGAAUUCGUGGAGCAAGUUUCUCAACUUGGAAACCCCGAUCAGCUUGUGAAAGACACUGGGUCAGUUGAGAAGUGGAAGCCGUUGUCUAGCCUCAUGGGACGGCCAUGGUUUCCGCGGCGUUGGGUUGUCCAGGAGGUUGCCUCUUCCAGAGAGGCUACCCUGUAUUGCGGGACUAAGGAGGCCAGAUGGUCAGACUUCUCGGACGCUGUCAUGCUAUUUGGCAACAGAUUCGCCGAGAUCGAGCAUAUAUUCUCCCGCAACGGAUCACGUCUUGCCGAAACACGAAGCCAGGAGUAGUCUAGGAAAUGUUAAUCAACUUUCGGCUCAUGUCCUGGUCACAGCACUGAACUGUAUCAUCCGGAAAUCCGCCGACGGUCAAGUAAUUCAGAAACUCUUCACGAUAGAA